AUGUCUCUCUUCCACACCUUCCACACUCCUGGCGACUUCGCCCCUCUCUUCCGCCUCCUGGACGACUACGAUGUCCACCGGUCGACCAGAGGCCAGGCUUCCUCUGUGCGCUCCUUUGCGCCCCGCUUUGAUGUUCGCGAAACCAACGAUGCCUACCUUCUGGACGGCGAGCUUCCCGGCAUUGCCCAGAAGGACAUUGACAUUGAGUUCUCCGACAACGAGACUCUCGUGAUCAAGGGCCGCAGCGAGCGCGAAUACCACUCCGGAACUCCCGAGCAAACCACCCAGGAGUCCUCUGACGACAAGCAGAAGGAGAAGGAGAGUACCGAAAUGGUCAAGUCCGGUGACAAGCAAGUCAGCAAGAACGACAACAAGAAGCACCGCUACUGGGUGAGCGAACGCUCGGUCGGCGAGUUCCACCGCACCUUCCAGUUCCCGACUCCCGUCGACCACGACAACGUCAAGGCCAGUCUCAAGAACGGCAUUCUGUCCAUCGUUGUGCCGAAGAAGGUCGUCAACACUGGCGCCAAGAAGAUUACCAUCGAGUAA